UCAAAUUAUGUCUUUAACAUUAAGAAAAAGGUCUGUGCAUUUAAUCAACUGGAAAAAAAAAGAUUAUAUUUUAGUCAACAUGAGAUGGUUUGAGUUUUUUUUUUUUUUGAAUGUCGGGAUGAAAUAUUUCUGAGUGCUUACAUUUCUUUAGUAGAAACAAAUGUUUGUUCGUGUUGUAUGUGCUGAGAUAAACUACUGAUGUUUUCUAUAUGUUAAUGAAGUGAAACAAAUGUAUGUGAUGGAAUUAAGCUAAAUUUAAUCAGAUGUGCCUGGACUGUCGAGUGGGAUUGCUUCACAAAUCACCCAUCACCUUUUGGGCUCUCUCAAGCCUUUUAGAGAAGUGGAUUAACUUAAAGAUCUUUGACUUUUCUUCCUUCUCCAAUCACCAGACAGCAGUAGCCUCCUGAACAUAUGACACAAGCUUUGGCAUGAUGAAAACUCCUCCCUCUGCAUCCCUGCGGGUCAAGCGCAAAAAUGUCCGUCAGAUGCGAAAGCAUUUCUGCCUAAGCAGAGCGAAUAGUCAGGACUCUGAAAGUUCCCUGUGGAAGAUCCAGUCCGGUCAACGUGACCCGUAUUUUACCAAAAUGCCUGCAACGGUCAUCCAGCGGCAGGAAAUGGCUUCGUACUUGCGUCUUUUUGAUGAUGACCUGAUCCAAGACUUUCUCCGGAUGGACUGCUGCUACAAAAUGACUGACAAGUACCUUAUAGCCAUGACCUUUGUGUACUUCAAACGGGCCCACUUCUCUAUUGCUGAAUACACCAGAAAGAAUUUUUUCAUGGCCCUCUAUCUUGCCAACACCAUGGAAGAGGAUGAGGAGGAAAGCAAGUAUGAAAUUUUCCCGUGGGCUCUGGGAAAGAACUGGAGGAGACAGUUUCCACGUUUCCUUAAGCAGCGAGAUGAGUUAUGGGCUCGCAUCUGUUACCGAGCUGCUGUCAGUAAGAGCUGCUGUGAGGAGGUAAUGGCCAUUGUGCCUUCUCACUUUGUGUGGCAGCGGCAGCGUUCCGAUCACCACAGUGGCGCCCUGAGACAGUACAACACACAAGGCCCUACUCGUUUUCCGCGCGGCCCAUCCGCCUCCCCCGUUUCCUGUGCCCUCUGCAAUUGCGGCAGCAGGUUGCAUCGCAUCUCCUCCAGCCAACCAUCUGCACAGACCACAAGCUACCUGAACCCGUUUGCUCCUGCCUUUACAUUCGAGCUGACGCCACCCAAAGCCUCCAACAGGACGGCAGAGGAGGAUAAAGACGAGGCACCGAAAUUGUGCUGCUUCUGUCCUGAAAAGCUUCCAAGUGAGGGCCAGAGGUUAUUCAAAAGCCAGAAUGCAGAGCGCUUUGCUAAAGAUGAAACAAAGUGAUGGAUUUCUUUGUUUUGCUUUCAGUCUUUUUACUGAUCGUCUAAAGUCAUCCUGAGUAUUGCUUCUCCAGAUUUUAUAGAGCUUUUCUUUAUAUUAUUGGAUAUCCACUAGCUAUCAGCAAAAAAAACAACUUAAUAUGACAUGGCAUAAUGGGCAAUGUGUAUUUAAAUAAUUUAAGCAAAUGCAUAAGAUUUUUUUUACAUCUGUCUUCAGAAGAUGGUUUAAAAAGUGAUGUAUUUGGGAAACCAGAAACAAUCCAGGAAAGAAACCAGACAUGCAUCAUCCUUGAACAGAUUAAGUGAAAUAAUUUUUAAAUUAGGCAGAAAUAAAGUAGAUCCUUGUUUCCUGCCUUUUUGAAACAAUUGCUUGCCAACUAAUAUAAGGAAUAAAUUGACAUCUCCUAAUCUUUCUUGUUUGUCCUUUCUCUUUGAUAGGGGAGACUUCUUCCUGCGACUCUUCCUGCGACCCCUUCAUAGACUGGAUCAGCGAGAUGUAAAACCCAAAGCUAAACUUGGCUGUUCCACCUUGUUCCUCUUUGAACCAACUGAACCGUUCUGUGCAAUAAUCCUUUGUUUAUCUAAAACUUUGAAGGUCAGAGUCUUCCAGUUAGUGGUAACCUGAAACAAACAUAAUAAACUACGCUUAUUCAAUGCACAUAAAUAUGAAAUAAGUUGCACACAAGCUAAGAUUGUUCCAGCUACAGAUUUCUC